CAUAUUUUUCACGUAACGAGAAUUUUUCGUGAAUUAUUCGUGAUUAAAUAUGUUAACAAUUACUAAAAGUUGCAAAACGAAGAGAAUUAUUUUAACCUAUUUACGAAUAGCUUUGUAACUAGACGUGGAUUUUGUCUCCAAUCAAUGCGUUCGAAAAAUGAGCAAUGUGUAACAUGGUCAUACGUAGGAGUAAUUUUAAAAUCAGUGCCGCGAGUUUCUGUAAAUCGCCGAUAUGUGUCGCGCUUGUCGUUUAAUAUUACCGGUUGUACUGUUCGGGCACCGGUACCGAGCACGACGUCCCUGAACACAGCGUUUAGCUCGUCAACUGCGCAGUUGACACAGCUCGCACGUCGCGUAGCACCGGAGGGAUCUCGCGGUGAUCGGAAAGAGGGGGGUAAGAGGGGACGCAAGCCUGGAAGGAAGGCGUCCGAGAAGUCGGACAUGAAAGCCAAGCUCGAACGAAGUCGACAGAGCGCGAGGGAGUGUCGUGCUCGGAAGAAGCUGAGGUAUCAAUACCUCGAAGAGCUGGUUGCCGACCGCGAAAAGGCUGUGCUCGCGCUACGAAGGGAGCUGGAGAUGUAUCGGCAGUGGGGACAGGACUUGGACGCCGGACGAGUUCCCGACGGGCUACAAACGAUGCUGGAGGACCUGGGCUCUAUGAAACGGGAGAAAGUGGUCAACUAACCGAACAAGAAACAGAGAAAGAGAAACACGAGUCAGGAACAUCGAGCUCUGCCACCUUUCUUUUUGUUGCUUUCACUCGUCGUACCGUGGUAGUCGAGCUUUUGCUACCCGUGCUGCCUGGGUUACUCUUCGAACCGAGGAGGGAGAGAGUAUCCGGGCAGUCCACGUGUCGAAUUCGCAUUAUUCUCAACGGCUCCGUUCGAGUUCCGUCUUGCGUUUCUCUACAAGAAGAAGCCGUUGAUGAAAAGAAAAAGAAAUCGCCAACCUCGUUCCGAUUUACGAUUCUGUCCUGCUUUUAACUAGUCCUUGUUCGUCACCCCCUCUUGUCUCGUCCCUCUUCGAAGGAGAAACUGGUUUGGCCAAUUGUUGUUUCUCUUGUUAUUAUUAAUUAUUAUUAUUAUUAUUAUUAUUAUUAUUAUUGCGUUUAACCAUAUAGUUUCUUGACGCGCUUCACGAAAAAUUGUUCGUGUACCCCCCUUGUUAAUUGUGAUCCAGAUUAAGUUAACAUAUUGUCCUUGUUUUUUUUGUACCGUCGUUUGAGGCCCCUCGACGACAGAAAGGCCGAUCGGUCGACUGUGCACCGCCCGGCGCUCGUUGUACCUACGUAUUGUACCUUACUCGAGGAUCGUCAGGAGGAGAGAAUGAAAACGAAACGUAAAAGAAGAAAGUUAUAUAUCCCUGUUACGCGUCGACGAAGAACUAUCAUUGUGUAUCAUAGUCGAAUGAAAGAAAGUUACGCAGUAUUUGCUCGUUCGGAGACUCUGUCGUAUAUUAUAUUAUAGUAGGUGUAUUCGUUGAGCGAUUUAGACCUCGUUUUUUCAAAUUUAUCGCCAGGAGCGUGUUUUGGUUCUGCUGACGUGGCCGCUUGUUCGCGGCGAGACAAAGAUUAUCUGUAUGGAAACGGUAUUUUUAUACUGUCGUAUGAAAAGUCUAUUAUUUUGUACAGAUUAUUGAUAUUGCGGGAACUUGUUCAUAUAUCUGGGAAGAGUCUAGAGAUCGAAUAAAAU